CUCGUUCGUGACCGACCCAUCAGUAUCUGACAGUGCUAGCAGUCAGACCUCAGAUCUAUAUGACCGUGAUUUUGGGGGAAUACAUUAAAUGCAAUCGAGCUAUUAAGUUAAUUAUAAAUCUGAAUCACUACAUUGGAAGAAGAUGCAGGAUGACGCGCGCUACCUCAAACGCAAAGUGACUGCGGGCAGUCUGGAUGUCCACCCCACAGAGAAGGCCCUGGUGGUCCACUAUGAGGUGGAAGCGUCUAUACUGGGAGAGGGUGGAGGACAUAUGCUGGGCGAACGAAAGGAGGGACAAAAAAUUAUCCGAGUGAAGAGUCUCUCUCCUAGUACAGAUGUGGGAGCCUUGGCCAAGAAAGUGGUGGAGGAGUGUAAACUCAUCCCUCCUUCCCGGUUGCCCCAGGUGGAGCAGCUCCUCUACUACCUGCAGAACAGGAAGUCAUCCCCCGUAGAGGGCAAAAUGGAGAAGAAAGAGAAAAGAACCGUGAAACCCAGAGAGCUGACACCGUUUGAAGGAAUGGAGUUAAAUGAGGAAGCCAGUAUAACCAGAGUGGAUGAGUACAUUGAAAUGCUCUACGAAGGCAUCCCAGAGAAGAUCCGAGGCUCUGCUCUCAUCCUGCAGCUCGCCCGCAACCCUGAUAACCUGGAGGAGCUGCUACACAACGAGGCAGCCCUUGGUGCUCUGGCCAGAGUGUUGAGGGAGGACUGGAAACAGAGCGUAGAGCUUGCUACCAUCAUCAUUUACAUCUUCUUCUGCUUCUCCAGUUUCUCCCAGUUUCACGGAGUGGUGAGUCAUUAUAAGAUCGGAGCGCUGUGUAUGAGCGUGGUGGAACACGAGCUGAAGAGACACGAUGUGUGGCGCGAGGAGCUCCGCAAGAAAAACAAGGCUUGCGAGUCAUCACCAGAGAACGGCUCUCUGAGGAGAGAUCAGGACAAAGCUGUGAGAAAAUACCAUGGCCUUCUGUCUAAACAGGAACAGCUGCUCAGAGUGUCUCUUUACCUCCUGUUGAAUCUGGCCGAGGACACGAGGACGGAGUUGAAGAUGAGGAACAAAAACAUCGUCGGUCUGCUCGUCAAAGUUCUUGAACGGGACGACGAGGAGCUGCUGGUCCUGGUGGUUUCAUUCCUCAAGAAGCUGUCCAUCUUCCUGGAGAACAAGAACGACAUGGCCGAGGUGGAUACUGUAGAACGAUUGGCUCGCCUGGUUCCCUGUGACCAUGAAGACCUGUUAAACCUGACUCUGCGUCUGCUGCUCAACCUCUCCUUUGACUCUGGACUCAGAGGCAAGAUGGUGGAAGUUGGACUGUUACCGAAAUUGACUGCCUUGUUGGGUGAUGAGAGCAACCGUCAAGUGGUCAUGCGUAUCCUGUAUCACAUCAGCAUCGAUGACCGGUUUAAGGGCAUGUUUGUUUACACUGACUGCAUACCUCAGCUAAUGCAAAUGCUGUAUGAGCACGGUGAGGAGGAUACCGAAGCGGAGCUCAUCUCCAUCUGCAUCAACCUGGCUGCAAACAAGAGGAACGCACAGCUCAUGUGUGAAGGAAACGGGCUGAAGAUGCUCAUGAAGAGAGCUCUGAAGAUGAAAGACGGCCUUCUGAUGAAGAUGAUCAGAAACAUCUCGCAACAUGACGGACCGACCAAACCAGUGUUCAUAGACUAUGUCGGUGACCUGGCAGCAGAGAUCCGAGCAGAGGAAGAGGAGGAGUGGGUUCUGGAGUGUCUGGGGACGCUGGCCAACCUCACCAUCCCGGACCUGGACUGGGAGUUGGUGCUGAAGGAGUACAACCUGGUACCUUACCUCAAAGACAGGCUUAAACCAGGCUCAGCAGAGGACGACCUCAUCCUGGAGGUGGUGAUAAUGAUCGGAACCGUUUCCAUGGAUGACGCCUGUGCCGCCAUGUUGGCUAAAUCUGGCAUUAUUCCCGCCCUUAUCGAGCUACUGAAUGCCCAACAGGAGGACGAUGAGUUUGUGUGUCAGAUUGUCUACGUCUUCUAUCAGAUGGUGUUUCACCAAGCUACACGAGACGUCAUCAUCAAAGACACCCAGGCUCCGGCCUACCUGAUAGACCUGAUGCAUGACAAGAAUGCUGAGAUCAGGAAAGUGUGUGACAACACCCUCGAUAUUAUUGCUGAGUACGAUGAGGAGUGGGGGAGGAAAAUUCAGUCGGAGAAGUUCCGUUUCCAUAACAACCAGUGGUUGGAGAUGGUCGAGAGUCGCCAAGCCGAUGAGUCUGAACCAUAUCUCUAUGACAACGACAACGACAGGACUGAUCUGUUCUAUAGCGCAGAUGGGAUAACUCCAGCAGACGGUUCAGUCAGCCCAGAUUUCUUCAAUGACCUGCAGUCGCAGAAUGGAGACCUGCACCACACGGGAGAUGGUAACGAUGUCUUCGACCAGACCAGCUCGUCACCCGGACGACCAGCUACUGCCUACGGCUUCAGACCUGAUGAGCAACCCUUCUACCAGUACUCUUAGAUAGACACACACAUACUCAUCCACCUCCUGCAUGACCACUGUUACAUCUUUAGAUUUAAUUUUCACUGCUAGAAUCCCUCAUGACUGAAGGCAUCACAUCGGUAUAGCUACUAGACAUUGAUCGUAAAGGCUGAAAUACAUAA